AGCAAAGUUGUGCCUCCUUCGCAGCUUCCGUAGUCAGGAAGUAACGCUUUGUUUACAUCGUGAGCAAUUUAGCGGAAAGUAACUCAAACCAGAGCUGUAAAAUAGACAUGGCCGACGACGUACUCUUUGAGUUCCUCCACAUGGAGAUGGUGUCCCAUAUUUACAAAGACCAAGCCUCGAGAGGGGAGAUGGACAAGGAUAGGGCUACUUGUGUGUCCACUCUGGAAGGCAUGGGCUUCAGAGUAGGACAGGGGCUUAUAGAAAGGUUUACAAAAGAUUCGCCCAGCUUCAAAGAUGACUUGGAUAUCAUGAAAUUUAUCUGUAAAGACUUCUGGAUAAAUGUCUUCAGAAAGCAAAUUGACAACCUUAGGACAAACCACCAGGGUACUUAUGUUUUGCAAGACAACAAGUUUGCACUCUUGACACAGUUUUCCAGCGGGAAGCAGUACCUUGAGGAAGCUCCAAAAUAUCUGGCAUACUCCUGUGGAUUGGUGAGAGGAGCUUUGUCUAACCUGGGAAUGGACUGCGUGGUGACAGCUGAGGUCUCCCUAAUGCCCUCAUGUAAAUUCCAGGUCGUGAUUCAGAAGAUUUGAAUUGGACCCAUCUCUUUUAAAAUGGUCUGAUGCAGUUCUCUGUUUUAUUUGGGGGGUUUUCCCAAGCAUAGCCAUCUGUGCUGGAGAGCUUUCUUCACUCAAAUGUUUUUUUCUUGUGUUGUGCACCAUUUCUGUUAUUUCUACCAUAUAGAGUUGGUUGUAGUGAAUGUAUUUCUGUAAUUAUUUCCAGGAAACCGGUUCAAAGACCUAUGCAAUUUUUACUACCAUGAUUGUUGUGCUAUGAGUACCUGUACUUUAAUAGCUGUAUGGUCUUUAAAUGUAUUUUUUUCUCCAAAUAAAGAUCAUUCUUUGAACUCAG